UGUGAAGGAAAUCCCCAAAACUUGAAAUCCGUAAAAUUGUUCCCGCCUUUCUCAAAAGGGCGUUGAAGAGAAAUCCCCAAAUUAAUUCCACUUCUCUUUCACUUUCGCUCUCUCCUGCCUGUAGCUCUUCCUCCGUCUCUCUCAACAACCUCCAUCCCCACCACUCCGUGCGUCACAGUCCGCCAAGCCCUCCCUCGUCCGUUCCCAACGGCAUGGCAAAGAAAAGACGAUUUACUACUUGCAAAAUAGAGCAACAUUCACAACCUAGUCUCUCACAUGGAUCUCCAAAUCGUGCCCAAUCAUGUGGGGCUUCACAACCCACUCAGCCACAUGGAUCUUCGCAGACUACCCAUUUGCCUAGAGCUUCACAGCCUCACCAUUUGCCUGGAACUUCACGGCCUUCCAACUCACGUAGCUCUUCGCAACCUCACUAGGCAGAGGGGGACUUAGAUGUACAAGCAAAUGAAUUGUUUCAAGGCAAAAAUUAAGGAAUUGCUUCCAAAUAGCUUGGAAGGAAAUUCUAAGGGCAGCAUAUAUUGGUCCCCGAAUGACGUUUAUUCUCAAAUGAUUAAUAAAAAAGAGUGGUCUGGUCGUGUUCGUGGUUGUGGGUUUGGGCCUACUCCUAAAAGUAGUGGCUCAACUUGCAACGAUUUCCCGCAAUUUAAUGUGGCUGAUGAAGAAGAGAAAAUGAGAGACAAACAAACUAUACGUGAACUACAAGAUAAGGUGCAAUCUCAAGCGGCUGAAAUGAGCACUUUAAAAGAACGAAUGGCUAUUGUGAUGAGACAUGCUGGAUUACAGGUUCGAGACAGUUGCAAUGGCCCCCUAGAUCAGACUUCUCCACAAGCACAUCAAGGAUCAUCACAUGCAAGUCAUGACAUCGAAUAUUCUGAUCGAGGUAAUAGGACGUUCUAGCAAAAACCAUGAUUUCAACUUGUCAUUUUGAAAGCUCUCUCGGGAAGAUCUUGUUAAGGAUGGCAUCGUCAACUUUUGAUUAAUUAUCUAUUCCAUGUAUUUUCUGCAAUGUAGUUGGAUUGUAAUAUUUUGGCAUGUUUGAUCUACUUUUGAAUGUUGACAAUGUUAUGGAACUACUUUUGACAUUUUAUAUAUGGAGUAUUAAUUUCUCCAAUGAAAAA